AUGGCAGACAAGGAGCAGGGGGCCUAUCACCCGGCAGCAGCCAACGGCUACACCCGCAGCGGCGAAGAAGGCACGGCUUUCGAUGCCAAAGAGCUCCGUCGCCAGAAGCACAAGAAAUGGCUACUCUACGGCGUAGCGUUCGUCGUUUUCCAGACCGGAAUCAUACUCCUCUUCUCCAUGACGGUCAUGAAGGUCCGGAAUCCCAAGUUCCGGGUUAGAUCUGCCACCUUCGACACGUUUGAUAUCCCAACGACGAACACGUCCUUCAAUCUUAAAACCAACGUCGCACUUGGGAUCAAGAACACCAAUUUUGGCCCCUACAAGUACGACAACAGCACAAUGUAUUUCUACUACGGCGAAACUGAGGUUGGGAGUGUUGUUAUUCCCAAAUCGAAAGCCCAAUUCCGAAGGACCAAAAAGUUUACCGUUACACUAGACCUUGCUUCGACCAAUCUAGUUGGAAAUACACAACUGGCAAAUGAUCUAAGCACAGGAAUUGUGCCUUUGACCAGCCGAUCGAAAUUGACUGGGAAAGUGGAAUUGAUGUUGAUUUUCAAGAAGAAGAAAGCUGUCGACAUGAUUUGUACAAUGGAAGUGAAUACCGCAACACAGUCUCUCCAGAAUAUCAAUUGCAAGUAG